AUGGCAGAAGUAAUUAUUGCUGGUGCUGCUUAUAUAGUGAUUUCAACAUUAUUAAAAAAAGAGAAAAUCAAAAAACCAAAGCGAAUCUGGAUCCACGAAAUAUAUAGAACCCGAAGAUGUUUGGGGGGCUCUAAACUUUUACGGCAGUUGCAUUCUGAACAGUUUCAAAACUUUAUUAGGAUAUCGUCACAGGAUUUUGAAUAUUUAGUUAAUAGCAUUGGACCAAAAAUUAUAAAACAGGACACCAAAUUCAGACAUGCUGUUCCGGUUCAAGAACGUCUAGCAAUAACACUUCGCUUUUUAGCAACUGGAGACUCAUACACUAGCUUACAGUAUUUAUUUAGAGUAUCCAAACAAUUAAUUUCGACUAUUGUUCCCGAAGUUUGUUGUGCGCUGAUAGAAGUUUUGAAAGAUCAAAUUAAGAUGCCAAAAACCCCUGAAGAGUAGCGACGAGUAAGCAAGGAAUUUGAUCUAUGGAACUUUCCAGUAUGCAUAGGAGCUAUGGACGGAAAACAUGUGGUGCUUCAAUGUCCUAUCGGCAGUGGAAGCGAUUAUUACAACUAUAAAUCUUUCUAUAGUAUUGUCUUAUUCGCCUUGGUAGAUGCCAACUAUAACUUUUUAUUUGUGGAUGUUGGAUGUCAGGGACGUAUAUCAGAUGGCGGCGUUUUUAGACAUAGUAAAUUGCACAAACUAAUUGAAAGUAACACAUUAAAUCUACCUGAAAAUGCGGCAUUACCCGAAAGAAAUCGCUUAAUGCCCUAUACUUUCUAG